AUGCGAUUCUUCAAUGGAAGUAUUCUCGCGUUGUUGGCAAUGUAUGUAGGGGCAACCCAGGCAAACGACGUCACCUCCACAGUGACUGGUAUUACGGCACAGACACUUGAUGACCUUGUUUUGAAAUCAAAACAUGGUGCCCAGACGCUCAAGGCCUUGUGUCGACUUAUUACCAACUGGGAUCCUUAUACGCGGAACAUGCUGAGAAAGUAA